AGUAUGCCCGAGGCUGGUGCAGAUCACAGAGCUGUGGUGCAUAUUUUGCAGCAAAACUGUCCAAGUUGGGCUGGUGCGUGAGUACAGCUGGCGUAGGCGUCAACAGGUCACACAGGAAAUUGUUCUGCAGUCGCACUGCUGUGAAAUUGUCUAGGCUGAACCAAUGCUGAACCCUACAGUCUAUGGGCUGAACACUAGUGACGCAACACUGCUAGUGAACCUGCGUAGACAUUUGCGCAGCCCUCAAAAACGAUGUGGAGAGUGACGUUGCAUCGUUUCUUUUGUUUACAAAAUGGCGGACUUCAAAACUUGCUCCAUUGACUAUUUCCCCGAGAACAUUCUAAUUGACAUUUUAUCGUAUUUAAGCGUUAGAGAGCUCGUCCGAUCUGGCAGGGUGUGUAAGCGAUGGAGACGGUUGAUAAAAGACCAGAGAUUGUGGCGAGCUGUAGAUCUCACUGAAUGGAAAGGGGUGACGUCGCGCACGCUAUGGGUCCUGCUGAGGCAGUACCUCGGAAGCGGACUUCGCUGCUUGCGGUUGCGAGGCCUGCUGCUGUCCGUCCGAGCCGGGGCCUUUCUAUCCGAGUCCUGGCUGCAGGCCCUGGCCUCCCGAUGCCCUCGUCUGCGCAGGCUGUCCCUGCUGCACGCCGACCUGCGCGGCCUGCGCAGCUGCCUGCUCAUGCCUCACACCCUGCAGGUGCUGGAGCUGCGCGGCUGUGAGCUGCCGCCGGGCUUCUUCGCCCAGAACGCCUCUCCGCUCUCCUGCGUCGGCGGCGACGCGGGGACGAACGCGGGGAGCCGGGCGGGGGGCGGGGCCCGGGCGGGAAAGGGCUCCACGCCAGGCCCCCCAGCCCGAGUCGCUAUAGAGACGCUGGUCCUGGAAAACGUGCCCUCCUUCACAGACCAGCACCUGCAGAGCCUGAGCUCCUGGGAGGGGCUGAGGCGGCUGGAGCUCCGUGACGUCAUCCGGGUGACGGCGGCCGGGCUUCGGGGCUGCUCCGCGCGGGCGGCGGCGGCGGCGCCCGGGGAGGGGCGGGACGCGGCGGCCGGGCUGUCCGGGCUGCGGGCCCUGGAGCUGGGGAACUCGGGUCGGCCCGGCUCCCAGACGCAGAUAGCCUCGCUGGGGCUGGACGAGGGCUGGGCGGGGCUGGAGGAGCUGACGCUGGGCGGGAGGGAGGUGGGGCCGGGGCUCCUGUGCGUGAGCCGGCUGCGGGACCUGCAGCGGCUGCGCCUGCGCGGCUGCCCGCUCAGCGAGAUGCAGGUGCUGCGCAGCUGCAAGGGACUGCGGGGGCUGCGCUGGAUAGAGUUCUGCGAGGUCACCUUCCAGGGUCAACAGAGGAAGCAGCAGCAGGAGGAGGAGGAGGAGGAGGAGGAGGAGGAACAGGGCAGGGGCGAGGGGGACGAAGGGAAAGACGAGAAGGAGAACCCCAUGCCAACUCUGCGGCGCUCUCUGGCAGCUCUGCUGCCCAGAUGCACACUGGUGUUCACACGGUGCUCUGUCACAGUGCCAACUGACUAGUGGCACACACCAUAACAGAUAUGCGCAAAACACACACACACACACACACACGCACGCGCGCACACACACACACUUGCUUAAAUACAUAUUCGCACACAUGCGCACUGCCAGUACCUGCUGCCUAUAUUGACACACUCACAAAUAUGGCGUACACUUAAGCACGCACGUGCAUGCAAAAAAAACAAAAAAAAACACCAGUACACACAAGAUUGACCCACACGUGAAACUCGCUCAUGCACACUCAGAACUAUGCACCAGCACACAUUUCACGCACUGUGUGACAAACACUGAUACUCAUUAACACUUACAAAAA